UCCUUAUUCACUUGCAAUUGCUCGUUUACUCUUUACUCUCCUUUGACUUGCCGUAUUAAGUGUUUUUACCGGUUUCAGGUGUGUGCUACCUUUAGGAGUGUAGCACAGAUAGCAGACUAAAUAUUCUUUUUCGCGUUAAGGGACAUAAACUGCUUUAAGGGUUGUAUUACAAGUGCCGUAAUCUCUAGAAAUUUAGGGAAGUGAGUGAGCCGCGCCAGGGGUUGCUGGCUGCUACUGGUGUGUAUAGAGCAGCCGCAGUGUAGUGGAGCCGAUCCUCGAGCUGUUGCUGUAGCCCCCGCAUUUUCACCUGUACUCUCUUCUCCUCGGUCUGUAUUAUCUUUUGGAAGAUGGUGGACGACAUGGAAGAACUGGAAGAUUUGGUGCACUUUAGUGUAAGCGACCUUCCUAGUCGUGGUUACUCGGUCAUGGAAGAAAUUAGACGGCAGGGGAAGCUGUGCGACGUCACUCUGAAGGUUGGUGACCACAAGUUUAGUGCUCACAGGAUUGUGCUGGCUGCCUCUAUUCCUUACUUCCAUGCUAUGUUUACUAAUGACAUGAUGGAGUGUAAACAGGAUGAGAUAGUGAUGCAGGGCAUGGAUCCCAGUGCCCUGGAAAUGCUGAUUAAUUUCGCUUACAAUGGUUGCUUGGCAAUAGACCAGCAGAAUGUGCAGUCCCUUCUGAUUGGUGCAAGUUUCCUUCAACUUCAGAAUAUCAAAGAUGCCUGUUGUACAUUCCUGAAAGAAAGACUGCAUCCUAAGAAUUGUCUGGGAGUGCGCCAGUUUGCAGAAACCAUGAUGUGUUCAGUGCUGUAUGAAGCAGCCAACCAUUUCAUACACCAGCACUUCGUGGAAGUAUCUGUAUCGGAAGAGUUUCUGGCUUUGCCAUUUGAGGAUGUGUUAGAACUUGUCACAAGGGAUGAUCUCAAUGUCAAAUCUGAGGAACAGGUAUUUGAAGCUGCUUUGGCUUGGGUGAGGCAUGAUCGAGAAAACAGGGAAUCUUGUGUACCAGAAGUGCUUUGCCAAAUUCGUCUUCCACUUUGCCGGCCUCAGUUCCUUACAGACCGUGUGCAGCAGGAUGACUUAAUUCGAUGCUCUCACAAGUGCAGGGAUCUGGUCGAUGAAGCAAAAGACUAUCAUUUAAUGCCAGAGCGCCGACCACACCUCCCAGCAUACAAGACCCGACCUCGAUGCUGCACUUCGAUUGCUGGACUUAUUUAUGCCGUCGGAGGUCUCAACUCAGCAGCUAAUUUCUAUGCAGGCGAUUCAUUGAAUGUGGUGGAAGUGUUCGACCCAGUUGCUAAUUGCUGGGAAAGGUGUCAGCCAAUGACCACAGCUCGCAGUAGAGUCGGGGUAGCUGUCGUGAAUGGACUUCUGUAUGCCAUUGGUGGUUACGAUGGCCAGUCGAGACUGAGUACGGUAGAGGUUUAUAAUCCAGACACAGACACUUGGACAAAAGUUGCAAGCAUGAACAGCAAACGCAGUGCAAUGGGGACAGUAGUCUUAGAUGGACAAAUUUAUGUAUGUGGCGGCUAUGAUGGAAACUCAUCCCUAAAUUCUGUAGAGUGCUACUCUCCAGAGGCAGACAGAUGGACAAUAGCAACACCUAUGAACUCUAACCGGAGUGCAGCUGGUGUCACUGUAUUCGAAGGCAGGAUCUAUGUCUCCGGGGGACAUGAUGGGCUACAGAUUUUUAAUACUGUUGAGUAUUACAAUCCACAUACGGCUUCAUGGCAUCCAGUAGCAAACAUGUUGAAUAAACGCUGCCGCCAUGGAGCGGCUUCUCUUGGCAGUCAGAUGUAUGCAUGUGGUGGCUAUGAUGGCUCAGGCUUCCUCAGUAUUGCAGAAGUGUACAGUUCUGUGGCAGACCAGUGGUAUUUAAUCAUCCCCAUGAACACCAGACGUAGUCGUGUGUCUCUCGUAGCAAACUGUGGAAGAUUAUAUGCAGUUGGUGGAUAUGAUGGACAGUCAAACUUGAACUCUGUAGAGAUGUAUGAUCCAGAAACUAACAGCUGGACUUUCAUGGCGCCAAUGGUAUGCCAUGAGGGAGGAGUUGGUGUUGGUUGUAUUCCUCUUCUCCCUGCUUAACAAGAAGCUACUUGGCAUGAGAACUUUGGAACUCAAUCAUUCCAUUGUAAUGUGAAAUUAAAGGGUACGUUUGUAAAGGCUGUGAAACUCCAUCCUCCGUAUGGAUGUUUAACCAUCACAGGAGGACUGUGGACUUUCCAAAGAGCAGUUUCUGAAUGCGCAUAAUUAUGUAAUCAGUUUGGAGAGUCCUGUGACAUUACAUUUGUGAGGUCAGUAAGGCAAUUCUGCUUUAUGCUGCAGGCUAGUGGCAUUGGUGUGCUGUCAGCAUUUUGUUGAAGAACCUUACCCAACAUUACUACUUGAAAAAUAUAAUUUAUAAAGGUGCUGACUUUAUAAUGACCAUAGAGCUCAAGCAGCCAGUAUUGGAAAUAUUUGCCUUUUGACUUUAACCAGAUAAUUUGCCACUUUAUUCAUUAUGAAUACUGCACAUUUGUUUAUCAUUUCAGCAGUGUCCAUGCUUUAAUAUUUUUGACUAUUGUACCUGGCUGUUUUCUAUUUUCACAUUACUUGGCACUGCUGGUGUUGGUCUGAGGUACACUGCGUUGUUUUAAGAUUUCAAAUGAGAAAUAUGUGGCAGAUGUUACAGACCACUAUGAAAGAAUACAUCAUAUUAGAAUUAUUUAUGUGUACAUACUUGUCUAGAUUCUUUUACAUUGCUGGCAACAAUGUAUCUGCUGCUGACUUUACAACAAUAUGGUGCAAGUAAAGCUGGAAACUGGAUGAAGAAGACGGUAGAUUAUGCCACUGUAGUGAAGUGGUUAUUUUCUUAUUGUCCUUUUCACUUCUAAAGUAGUGUUCAUUAUUUACAAUUGUCAGACACUUCAGUCUUGGGUAGCAGACUAGGGCAUCCUUUCAGAGCUGAGAAUCUCGCAUUAAAAAUUGUUUUGGAAUCCAGUGUGUCAUACUGGCAAGACAUUUGCUACAUUGGAAGCACUUCAUCCACCUUGCCUUUGUAUGAGCAUGCUGUGUCUGUUCAUAAAUGAGUUAUAGUGGCAUUUAACAACUGUGGUAUUAGCUUGCACACAGGAGUGGAGAAAAAAUGGAGUAGUAGUAUUUGUGAGCUUGUCAAAAUGUUUAGAGAAAAAUGUUUGAGCUGUCAAGUCCUCAGUAGUAUGCUUGUUUUUCUGCAUGUAUUUAGCAAGGCGGGACUGCAGCAUUUAACUCUGAAGGAUGAGGUCUUUUGGUUUAUCUAUUAGGUCUGUCCUGGGGAUGUAUCUGGAAGUUUUGAUUUUAACAUUGAUGCAGUGUUAGAGAAGCUGCAGUAUCCCCUUAGACCAGGGCUGAAGACAAUAGUACAUAAAAUGCUUGGUUUGGUUUCCUGCUAGGGGUGAAGUGUUGGUGUCCAUUACUGUGGCAUUGUAUUACAAAUCUCUAGCUCUGCAUGUUGCAUCCUUGCAGCCUCCCGCCAGAGGAACAAACACAGCAAGAAGUUUGCUGUGCUGGUUUCAGAAAGUCACAGCAUGACGUUCACACACAAAAACAACGAUUUGUGUCUUUUUAAAGUGGUACUCCAUCUUCUGCAGUAUUCCUUUACCAGGUGAUGUGGCACACUUUAUCCAUUCCAUAGGUUUGAUUUUACAGAUGUAUUAUUUUAAGAACUGAAUGAUGCAUUGCCAUUGGUAGAUAUGUUCACAGUUCAUGAUUUUAAAUGGCAGGCUUUGAAUGAUUUGAUUCGCUUGUAAUUACUCAAAGUUUGGAUUCUCUCUUAAUGAGGCAGUAUUUUAAAAGUACUGUUUCACAUCCAGGCAUGAAGGGAAAGGAUUCAUAGCUUGGACCAUUCUUUUCCACUAUGUGGCCUCACUGCUAUUUCAUAAAAAUCCAUUAAGACAUCAUACCCUGAGAGUAGUUCUAGAAGCUGUACAGUUUACUGGGGUUAGAGGGGGCAUAUGGGAAUUUUUGUUUCCUCAGAGGAAUUAGCAACAUCGCACUUAGCAGGAUUUUUUUAAUGCAUUACCAGUAUGCUUUAUUCAGUAGGGCUGUGAAGUGUUAUGACAAAAAUAGUAAUGCAUUAAAGUAUGUUAACAGAUGCCGAUGGAGGUGAGAUAAAUGGGAUUUAGCUAGGUGCUUCAAGUGAAGAGGGAAUUUGUUCAGUGCACAGAAUGUGGAUGAGAGAGCAACGGCAAUUUUUCUAGAAAGAACAGGGACCUUCAUCACAAUAUUACUUUUAAGAUUACACCAAGUAAUACUGCUCCUUGAAAGUCUCCCUCUGAAGACCAGCUAAAGCUUAAUCCUCACUAAUCCUAAAGUGAUCUUGGAUUUGUAAUUAAAGAUGGUCCUUUUCUUUUCUAUUCUGUGUUCGCAUCUCUUUAUCCAAACCUUACAGCUUUAAUUGAAAAAUGAAGUGUAGUAAAGUCAUCCUGUUCUUGCAAAGAUAUUGUUUUAUAUUUAUCAUAAUGUAUGUGUUUUAUAGUAUAUAAGCCUAUAGCCUGCAAAAUGUAGGUCAAGCUUAAUGCUACCAUCUUGUCCUGGUAAGUGGCAGAAGUUCUUGUGUAGCAAAAAUUAAUGUGCACUUUGGAAGGGCUGGGACAUGCCCUUCUACUGUAUCAUGAAAGGUGUGUUACAGGUUCUUAAAACAGGUGAAUGAUCACAUGAGCUAGUAGUCUAGUCCUAUCACUGACAUCUUUUCUUCUGAAAUAUUGUGGGACAUCCUGUUCAGUCCUUCAUGAAUCAGUAGUUUCUGUUUUCCAUAUCCAGUAUUUGAGCUAUUCGUUUAAGUUUCUGUUUGGAAUUCUUUUGUCAGGUCUUUUGAUCUUUUACCCAGUCACUCUGACUGGACUUAUUUUUUUUUGCAAUCUGGUGUGAAUCCAUGUGCUGCUUCCUUGGUAGUUGUUGGCUUAACUUCACUGAACCUUGUAUUGCUGUGCAAUUAACCUCUUUUGUAGUGCCAGUUGUUUGGCAAGAGCCAUCAGCAGCUUUUAUUGUCGACUUAAUAGGUGGUUGUCACUUCCUGUGUUUUUAUUUUUUUUUUGUACUUGAAGCACUUGAAAAGGUAACAUCCAUAGACUUGAGUUAAAAUUCCAGCUAAAGCACUUAAUUCUUGCUCAUUUGGGUUUGCAUUACAUGCACACAAAGCUCCUGUGUUCACAGUUCCAGAUUAUCUUAUGCAUUCGGACUGUUCUGUGCUCCCACUGCUGCUCAAGCUUUGCUCUCAGAACUCUGUUUUUGAGCUGAUCUUGGUGGACUGGGUUUCAAAAUAGAGUUCAGGUUUGCACACUUCUGCAUGUUCUCGGACUUAGGACAAAUCACUACCAUGAGAACCAAAUUCAGCUUAGUAGUAUGAAGAUGUCAAAGGGUGAAACUUCUGGCCUACAUGACUAGCAUGAAGGUGGCAGCAGUUAAAUUGGUAGGGACUCUCAUACAGCUCCAGGUCUCUACCAAUGCACAGGCUGGAGAGCGGUAAGUUAGAGAGUUGACUGUGAAUAAGACCUCCCAGAGGGUAAGAGCAUUUCAGAGCUGCCUUUCAGUGCCUGCAGAUGUUGAAAUGGUGAGGAGGUUGUUUUCUCUAGUCCUGUACUUUUAUUAGAUGAUUACCCUGGAGAGAUGCAGCCUCUGUUCCCUUCCCAAGGUUGUCCCAAGGUGUGGGUGCCACCACCCCCCAGUUGAUGCCACAGCCUGAUCCCAGGGAGUAGUUUCAGGUCUGAGGCACAAGUAACCAAGGAGUCCUAUGUAGGAUUUACUGUUCUAAGCAGGGUCUGAUGAUAUUUGAAGUGGGACCACCAGGUCAUUACUUGCUAAGGCACAUGAUUCAGGGCUAAGACUUUUAAACUAAUGCUUGACGUCUCAUGGUAUUUUGAAUUAUGAAUGUGGAUCUGCACCGUUUAGGAGCAUGUCCCAAUUCCAGUACCAGGUCUGGUGCUGGCAUUUCUUGCCCCCUAGCUCCCAUUGGCAUGUAUGAUCUUGAAUUUUGGAUCCUUAUCUGACCUCAAGCAUAUUUUUGUUACACAAACAUCCUUGGAUUAGAUUUUACAUGCAAGCUUAUCUCAGGGAUUGAAGGGGGAUGUCCUCUCACUCAGGAUUUUAUGAUGACUCAAGACCUGGAGGACAUUAUUUUCAAGGUGGGAAGGGACUGAAACUCUCCCCCACCCUCUAACUCCCCCAAGAUGACCCCUUUUUUGGAGAAGACUUGAGGCUCACAAGUCCCCUGAAGAUGGCUUUCUAGAUUUCUCUUUCCUAUCAAAACAUCUUCAUGCAUAUCUGGAAAAGGAGUAGCAGCCCUGGACCAUUACACCUCCCCCCCAACAUAGAGCCAGAGUUUCAGUUCCUGCAGCCUGGCCAUACCCAUGUUCUGCUUCUGCAGUUCCAAAAAGCCCCUGCCUUGCUUGGGUGAAGCAAGUCCAUAACCAGGCAUACUCAGACUGACUCUCAUAUGAUCUCUUCAGUGGAGCACAGGGCACAUAGAACACAGCACUUUGCUAACUUGCUGCCAUUCAAAAAGUCUAAUACCCUGGACAGAGUCAGUAUGAGUGUUUAUUCUUUUGCCAUACAGAGGCUUAAAGCCCAUAAUUUUAUUCUGCUUUGUGGAUCAGACCUUUAUCGAAGCUGUUCUUUUCCUGAGUCUGUGGUCAGAGAGAACAUUGGACAAGGCUUGAUUUUUAGUUUGCAGAGUUUGCAUCCAUCUGGCCCACCGCACUUUUUAACUUUGCAGAUGCUGUCGCUAGUGCUGCAUCCUCUGGCAUGUCUGCUCAAGGUUUCUUAACUGAGCCAUUCCUCAGUAGGGAAUAACUGAGAAACUUUCCUGGGUGCCCCUUUAAUUCAGCCAUCUCAAUGCUUUGUGGAUGAUAUGUUAGAGAAAAUUGGCUAUUGCCAUGGUGAUUUAUGUUCCAUGUGCACCUCCUUUCACUUUCUGUUCCUGACCCAGCAAGCGCCAAAAAGAGGAUGAUACCUCCUUGCAUACCAAGGAAGACUUUAAAGCAUUACAGGGGCUUGCCCUUUCUGGUGGUGGCCAAGUCUUUUAAGAAAGAAACUCCACAGCCUAAUAGCAGUCCUGACGAUGGUCUUGGGACUGCCCUUAUUUGGGAGUUAUCUGAGUUUGCCUCAGCUUGGAGAGCCGUAACAAAGAAACACGGGGUUCCAAAAAUAGUUAGCUGUGUCCUUGAACUUUUGGAUCCUUCUCCAAAAACAGCUUCCCUAAUGAACUAAACCGUCUUCACAGAGCAAAACACAAGCCAGGCUGUACUUCUAUCUCUUGUUUGGAACGAGGCGAAGAGUUUUAUUCCGUUAUCUUUUUGGCUCUGAAGAGAAUGGAUGAUUUUUUUUCAAACAGAAAACAUUUUUACUAAAUUAUCACUUAUGAUAUAAGCAAUCAUACAUUUAUGUAAAUGAAAAUAAACCAUAUUGACAUAUUUUCAUCACUUAUAUCCUUACAGUCAUUGUCAGUUGUUCCAUCCUGCAUCUCAGCAAUUCAGUCAGCACAUUUGGUGUUGGAUUUAACUUCAGAGAAUCAUUCCUCUUAUGUUGCAAGGUACCUAGAUGUUGAGUAGAUGUGAUGGACUCCAUUUGGCACAUCAGUGUCUGGUUUCUACAGGGGAGAGACUGUUGCCCCCUGGGGGGGUAUUGAUUUCAGUAGGUGGGCUGCUUGUUCAGUCUUUCUUCUCCACCUGCUGUCUCUGUCAAAGGGGUGGCUGAAGCCUUGCUAGCAAAAGAUCUUCAUGUGUUCCGCUAACUAGAUGAAUAGCUUCUAGUGUCACUAUCAAGGAGACUCUAGUUUUGUUGUUGUGACUGAUCGUAAGGCUGCACUUCUGGUGCUCUGUCUGUAUUUCCUUGUGGUGGUCAUAAAUCCAGUGAAGGCCUCUUUGACCCAUUUUGGAGGAUUGUCUUUAUAGGCAUGGAACUGAAUGUUUUUCAGUGCUGGUUGUCCCUGCCCACAGAAAUGCACUGGAAGUCAUAAAUUUGGUAGCCUGGAUGAGAGCAUAUUAGAGCUUAAACUGGGGUCCUGUUGUCUUUUUGGUUUAACUCAUUAUCAACUCAGAGCUGUGCAGUGUCACAUCUAUGGCAAGCCUAGAGACAUACAUACAUUCCAGAGUAUUUUCUGAAAAAUCAAGUUAAGCUUGAAACAAAUAUAAAUGUUUUGUGAACAGCGAGUUAUUAAAAAUGUAUAAACAGAUUUUAAGUAGAAAUGCUUGUUUUCAAUAAUGUCAGUGCUUUCACUGAAUUUUUAUCAAUGCUGUAAUAUAUUGUAAUGUACAUGUGUCCAGAAUGAUAGUUUUCUCUAAAUUUUCACAAAUAAAUUCUUGUCUUGGAAACUA